AGACGCGUUUUGCUGUAUUGGAUUCUAAUGUUUUCGUGUGAUUGUUGAUAGUUUAAAUUAUAGUGUUAACCGUACGUUAGAGUAAAAGAUAUUCUAAAUAUGAGGUUGUGGACGUCUCAUUAUACAUUUGAGCAUCCAUGGGAAACAGUCGUGAAAGCAGCAUGUAGAAAGUAUCCAAAUCCCUUAAAUCCAUCGGUUCUUGGAACCGAUGUCAUCGACAGGAAAGUCAAGGACGGUGUCCUUUAUUCUCACAGAUUGGUGACUACACAAUGGCGUUUUCCUAGAUGGAUAUCACCGUUGUUCGGUCAUCAAGGACCAUACUAUGCCAGCGAAUGGAGCGAAGUUAAUCCAGAAUCGAAAGAAAUGGUGGUGAGAACGAUAAAUAUAAGCUUAGGCACCCACGUUUCGGUCAAUGAAGUAGUCACGUAUGAACCGCAUCCAGAUAAUCCCAAGUCAACGCUUUUAACGCAACAAACAUUCAUUUCUAUCCAAGGAGUGCCGCUCAUCGAUCAUCUAGAGAGGCUACUGACGCUAACCAUGGAACAGAACGCGAAUAAGGGCCGACAAGCAGUGGAAUGGGUCAUCGACAAACUCGACUCGAAAUCCACAGACGACUUGCUUCUCCAUGCGUGUCGUCAGCUGGACGAUAUUACGAAUAUCACGAAACAGGGCAUGGAAGAUAUUCAGAACGCAGCGAAAAAAUCGUUCGAUGAGUUUCAGAAUUUGACAGUACCUCCUCCGACUCAAUCGAUACCAAAGUUAUAACAAAAUGUUUCACGUUAGCUUCAAUCUCUUUAACUAACGCUAUGUAGAUCUUCGAUGGAACGAUUGUAAGUGAAAUAAAACUAUUCGACCAUUUCCCUCGCUAUAUCUCAGUAUCGAUAUUCCAAAGGUACGCAAGGCAGGGAAAGAAUUAGGAAAUUUAUAUGCUACCAUCUAAUAACUAUACAGUCGAUGGUCAUUGUGUAAUAAGUUAUACUAACAAGUGUAUAAGAAACAUAUUGUUUCCAUUAGCUUUUCUCGCAAACACUUAAUCACGUCUUUUAAAGCGUGUUCUCUUGAGAUAUGAACAAGACAAUAAGUGUAGUAGUUUUUUAACGAAUAGAGAUAUAUCAAGGUAUCUUGAACCAGAUUAAUGAAUUAAGGUUUAUUUGAUUCUUUAUAUACGAAUGGAAAAUAAUAUUUGUCAAUCGUUCCGCAGAAGUCGCCUUAGUGAAAGAGAUGUAGCUGGAGUAAGUAACGAAAGCGACUAAGGGAAAUGACUGGCAGUAUCACGAUUUGGUCUCAGGGAUCUGUUUCCGGAGACGAGGUUUUUUUAAAAUUUAAAAGCUUACUUUUUUACCGGAAAAGUAUGUUGAAGUGUAACGUGAUAGUAUUUGCAAUGUAAAAUAUGAUACGUAUCGUCUAUGAAGUUCAAUAUCUGCAUAUUUUAUCAGAGUCUUACGUGUAUAGCUUUAAUUUUUCCUUGUAUCUAAUCGUGUAGAAAGCUUCACUUCGUGUACACAUUUAUAAGCGCGUGCUUCGUGGAUAUUCUUUUCCUCGUAUUUAACGUGAAUUUUCUUCGUCGUGUUUGAUUCGUGUUAAACGUCGAAUCAGCAAAAUUCCUCUCUUCCGUAAUUGACAAGCAAAACAUAUCGAUGUGUUAUUUAUCCACGUCAUUAUCUUCACUCGAGAUUUGCGCUGCAGUUGCAACGAUAGUCACAUAAUUUAGCGAAUAUGCCAGAUUCAUAUUAUAAACAGACGUAACAAAGUCGAUAUUUUCAACCAUGUAACGCUUAUAUCGUAGAUAUUUAUAUCAAUUGUUUCAAUUCCGAGCGUAGGUUUACCUGUUCCGAUAUUGUCGAAUCGGAGAUUAGAGAAGGUGAAAUAUAUAUCUAUUUUUAAAGCAA